AUGAACAAGGUGGAUCCUAGCGCUGAUACCAAACCAAGCGAUGAAAUGGCCUUUAAAACACUCGCAAAUUUGCUCCACCCUACCCAACUCCCUCGAUUCACAUCCAAGCCCGUAUCAUUCACCACCAACAUCUUGAUCAUCGGCGGCUCGUACGCCGGCUUGGCCACAUUACGCUCACUCCAGCAAAGCAUCAGCCCGUACCACCACCACGCAGAUCGCAAGAUCAGCGUCACCUUAGUUGAGCCGCGCAACGGACUCUUGAAUAUCUUGGGUAUACCCAAAUCGAUUGUCGAUCCCGCUUUUGCCGCGACGCAAUACAUCCCCUUCAACAAGCUCAAUCACGUGAGGUUCACCAGUAUAGUCAGCGCCGAGGCGAGCGAGUUUGACGAGUCAUGGUAUGCUCUGGCUGAGGCCAUCGAUGUCAAUUUCGUGCAUGGUAAAAUCACGUAUUUGGAUCGCCAGCAGGCAAAAUAUCAAAUCUCAGCUGAUGCUAAACAAGAAAAAGAAGAAGAAGAAGGCGAGAUUAGAUUCGAUUACGUCGUUUUGGCCAGUGGUCGAGAUCGGAACUGGCCCACGACGCCCGCGUCCGCUACCUUGCAGCAAUACCUCGCCGAGAUGAGCAAAGCCCACCAGAUGAUCAAGCAAGCCGCAGUGGUGUCUGUGAUCGGAGCCGGCGCCGUUGGAAUUGAGAUCGCCGGCGACGUCAAGUCGGCGUACCCCGAGAAAACCGUCAACUUGAUCCAUCCACAUGGCGAGUUCCCGCCGGAGCCGCUAACCGCGGAGUUUAAGCAUAUGAUCCAGGACCUGAUUGAGCGCGCGGGGAUCAACAUCUACCUCAACACCCGCAUCCAUCAACAUAACAGCGGAGACAGCGCAGAAGAAGCUGGAAAUGAUGAUGAUAACGGCGGCGAUUUGGUCACGAUGCAUACCAACAAACGCAUCUCGUCAAACGUCAACUUCUGGUGCUGUGCCAAGUUCAACAAUAUCCAGUUCUUGUCGCGCCAACUCGCCGCGUACAUAACUCCAACGAACCAAAUCCGCGUCAACUCCUACCUCCAGCUCAACCACAAAGGUGAUGAUGAUGAUGCAUCAUCAUCCACGGUGGCGAACUUUUUCGUAGUGGGCGACUUGGUCGAUUUCGAGAUUAUAAAGUCGGCAGGGUGGGCCAUGUACAUGGGCAGACAAACCGCUAACAACAUCACGGGCUUGAUAUUCCUGGGCUCAUGCGUCGAGAAGAUGCCUGAGUUAAGCACCAUGCCGCGCGGGAUGGUGUUGGUUGGCGGUCUGAAUGAGAUUGUGAGCGAGUUAGCGGGCGAGGUCGAGUUGAACCACGAGGGCUACGUUCGCGAAUACGUUGAUUAUUGCAUUGGUAAAGUCCGCGCUACUUUGGAUGUGUAG